UUAUAGCGGGACUGCGGCGGGCAUUCUGAUACUGGGGGGAACUGACUUGGUGUUACUGACAUCCCCAGUGACACCAAUGCAGUGAUCAGUGCUAAUAAAAAGCACUGACACUGUACUAUAAUGGCACUGGGCAGGAAGGGGUUAACAUCUGAGGUGAUCAAGGGGUUAACUGUGUGCUGUUUAACAUUAUGUGCUGUGUGUGUGCUUCACUGUAAGCACACUGCUUUGUGUGGCUCUGUUAUGCAGAGCCAUACAAAGCAGUGUGCAGGAGCUGACGGGAGAGAUCUGUGUUGUUUCUCCUCCAUCAGUAAUACUCGGCGAUCACCGGAAAUGCAAAAU